GGACCGCAUCGCAGCCUUCUUUUCGCAGGGUGAUGACCCGCCGCCUCUUCCUUCUACUGCUGCUCCACACGGCGGCCGCGGGCCUCGCAACGCGCAACGCAACGCACCUCUGUACAUCGAUCGACCGCUGCACCACGCGCGAGGCCACGACGUGCCACCGAGGUCGCGAGCGCUGUCCGUCGUGCCUCCUGCCGAUGACCGAGACCGGUGUCUACGUGUGUUUUGAGUCCACCGGCGCGCGCUGUCCAACCCACGACCCGCCAUUCAUCGACUGCACCAUGGUGCGGCGCCUCGAUACCAACGGCUCGGUGAGCCGAAUACCGCCGCUCGACCCUAGCUCCUAUAGCGCCCCGACGCCCGUCCCUGGAUCGGUGCCGCCGUUGUCGACGCUCCACAUCGCCUACAUUGUCGGCGUCUCGGUGUGCACGAUCAGCAUCUUUGGCUUCCUCUUCCUCUAUCGCCCGGCGAGCGCCAGCGCCAAGGACGACGUCCCGAUGCUACACCCGCCGACGUCGUCGCGCAAGAUGGAAACGUUCCUCGAGGCCUUUGGCACCAACGACAUGCUCUUACAGAGCAAGCGCGCGCUGCAGCCGAUCGAGUCGGCGAGCCCGUUGGAAGCCCGCGCGUCGUACUUUGACUCGGUGCGGACCAGCGAUCUCCUCACGUGCGCGCGGCAGAUCCCGCUCCUCGAGGACGACGUUGAGCCCAAGGCCAAGACGCGUGCGGCAUCCGGCGGCGGUCGCGGCACCGUCGUCAUCGCCGAAGAGACGGAGCUGCCGAAAGAGGUGGGCGAGGCGCCGUCGCUCAUGCGACCCACGGAGUUGCGGAAGCAGCGGCCAAUCGACAGCCUCAUGUCGCCGUAUUCAAUCGGCUCCUCGGAGAGCGCUGACUCGAUCCUCUCCGACAACAACGAAGAGGUGUUCAUGUCCAGGUCCUUCUCCUGGAACAAGUUCAGCCUCCAUGGCACGCCAGCGUAAUCGAGCCGCUUAUUUAUACGAGAUUUCAUUGGUCUUAUUUCAACGAAUCAGCGCGUGCC